AUGGCUCUGAAGACAUUUAGUUGCUUGUGGACCUUAAGCUUCUUUCUGCUGGUAGCCAGUAAGUCGAACAUAGAGCUGUCUACCACAGACUCGGACUUCAUAGACCAGUGCAUCAAGGCCCACAAUGAUUUCCGGAGCAGGGUCAAGCCUCCCGCGGCUGACAUGCAAUAUUUGACCUGGGAUGCUGACUUAGCAAGACUUGCUAAAGAAUGGUCCACCCAGUGCAAACUUCAAAAUAACCCAUGUACUACAAAACCAUAUCAGUGCUUUGAAGAUUAUGAAUACGUUGGAGAAAAUUUGUGGAUAGGUGGGAUUAAAGAAUUUACACCAAAAACUGCUGUUACUUUUUGGCACAAUGAAAGCAAAUUUUAUGAUAUUGAUAUGCUAUCAUGUUCUCAAGUUUGCGGCCAUUAUACACAGGUUAUUUGGGCCAAUACAAAUCACAUUGGUUGUGCAAUUUCAACUUGCCCUAACCUCGGGGGAGCUUCAAUUUCCUUAUUUGUAUGUAACUAUGGACCUGCAGGAAAUUUUGCAAAUAAGCCCCCUUAUGUAAAGGGAAAAUCCUGCCUUCUGUGUCAAAAAGGACAGAAAUGUGUCAAGAGGCUCUGCAGUAAGCAACAAUUAUUAAUAAUAAUAACAAUAUUCUGUUUGGAAUAUCCAGAGAAGAUGAUGAAGUCGAAAGCAUCUCAGAGGACAACUGAGUGUCUAUAUGUAGCUGAGGAGGCUCUGUCUUUGAACCUGCUGCCUCAGUACUGUGAUGGCUGUUAUUACAAACAUGUACCACCACACCCAGUUCUAGAGGAUGAUGUGAAUGGGGAUGAAAAAUUAUAUACAUGGGGGUACGGGUGGGGCACAAAAAGUACAAGAAAGAAAAUCUGUACCUUCUCAGUUUGGGUGAAACUUAAAAUUUCUCAUUUAAAGAUUCAAGUCUUCCCUUUCGUUUGGACAUUUAUACGGAGCUUCUUUAGGGUUGCAAGGGCUCUAGCUCUCCCCGGGGCCUUCUCCCGGGCUCCAACACACUUCCCUUAUGAAGAUGGAAGGAUGGAGGUUGCAGUUUAUGGUCCAGCAGGUACCCCGUAG